GGUCUGAGACAGAAAAGCCUGAACCAGAGGACAACGAGGACACAAAAGAACAGAAAGCAAAAGGGUGCAAGAAAAGAGCGUUACAACAUCGAGCAGAAUAAUGGAUCCCAGUAAGUCAGUACCUCCUCCCUAUGCACCCCAACAAUACGCUCAAGGUGGCCAGCUAAUUCCUCAGGCCCAGUACAACCAAGUAGCUUAUCCAGGACAGGUUCCGGUCACUUUACAGCCGAUGGUUUAUGUGAAUCCACCUCCACUGGCCCAUCCAAUGCCGGAUUACUUGUGUUACUCCAUCUUUACCCUAUUGUGCUGCUGUUUACCUCUGGGCAUUGUUGCACUUGUUAACUCCGUCUCUACUCGAAAUGCUAACAUGUCAGGACAACACCAGUUGGCAGAGAAAAGCUCCAGAAAUGCACGCAACUGUAACCAUGCUGCUCUCAUCCUCGGCAUCAUCAUUCUUGGGUUGUACUUUGUCUACAUCUUUGUCCUGAAAGAACGCUACCCUCAUUAGAGAGGAGGAAUUUUUUGUUUUAAUUACAUUCUGUGUUACAACUACGUGACCAAAAUAUACUUAAAUAUCCUAAAUGUACUUCUCAGUACUUCCUCAUGAGAUUUAAUCAUAAAGUUGGCUUAUUUUGUGUACUGUUACACUUUCCUGUCCUAGACCAUCUAUCCUAUAGAAUUGUGUAUGUAGGCUACUGUUCCUUUUUAAUCAAAAAAAUUCAAUGAUUUAUGAAACCAUAAUCACGUCUUUUGGUUUGAAAAGUAUUCUUAGAUUUGUAUAAGUACAGUACAGGUAAAAUUUAGUUAAAUUUGUCCAACCAGAAGUAAAUCUUUUAAUUUUAAGUUGUAACUCAUAACAAUAAAAAUGAAGGUGAAUGGUGACUGCAGCUAUCAUUCUAUCCUG